AUGGCGUCUGCAGGAUACCUGAUCUACUGCGGCGUAAUGCCGCUGUUGAAAACCUUCAUCGCCAUUUUCGUCGGAUACUUCCUCGGCAAGAAGGGGCUUUUCAGCGCAGAGGCGUCCAAAGGCGCCUCGCAGGUGUCUAUGAACGUCUCGCUGCCCGCCCUGAUCUUUGCGAACGUCGUACCCGCGUUCACCUCAAAAAACAUAUGCUACGUGCCGCGCAACUUUUGGCAGGGGAUCGUCGUGCUGUGUGGUAUGAGCAACUGGGGGAACCUCCCGAAUGCAAUUGUACAGGCCGUGAUGCAGGAGGCACCAUUCAACCCUGAUACAGACCCCGCUCUGGGGGUCUCGUUUGUCUCUGUAUUCAUCGUGUCAUACCACCUGGUCUUCUGGGGGGCGGAGGCGGAACGACGUUGUCAUUGGUACGAGAAGCCCAUUGGAGGCUUCAUUGCUCGCCACGUCUUGCGUAUGAAAAAGGCACGCCCUGCGCCUGCUUACACCGAGAAGGCCGAUGCUGCAUCCGUCUCAGAGAAAGGCGGGAAGGAGAAAGAGAAGGAGAAGGAAACGAUAGACGACCUGGAAGCGAACAUGACUGCAGAGCUCCACACGGGGCAGCCAGAGCUCGGGAUGGUUGAGGAGGACCACACCUCGCACGGCGGACGUCCCAUCUGUCCAUCACAUCCCAAAAUCCCGCCGACCUUCUUGCUGCACUCGGAACGCGCGAGCAUCCAUGAACAACAUCCUUCGUCGUACUUCGCACGCCUGAAGAAGACGCUCAGGCCCCUCUCGGCUGCGGUCACACCCAUCACGGUGUCCCUCUCCAUUUCUCUGCCUAUCGCGCUCAUUACGGACCUCAAGGCGCUGUUCGUCGACACGACCGAUCAGGGAGGUCCGAGCUGGCAUGGGCCCGAUGGCAAUCCGCCUCUGAACUUAUUUACGUCAGUGUUCCUCGGGGACAUCGCUGUGCCCCUGUCGCUCAUCCUUCUCGGCGCAUCCUUCGCGCGCAUGGAGAUCCCAAGGCCCCUCUCACGGCUGCCCAUCAUGGCCAUGCUGGCUGCGGCCCUCGCCAAAAUGGCGCUGCUACCCGUUAUCGGGGUCUUCGUGGUGCAGGGCAUGGCCAAGGGAGGUCUGAUCCCGCGCGAGGCGCUGGCGGAGAGGUUUGUGGCGAUGUUCCUCAGCGGAACGCCCGCAGCGGUGAACCAGCUGAUCGUAUCUUCCCUGUACUCCACCACGGGCGACGUCGACACGCUUUCUGCCUUCCUCCUCGUCCAGUACAUCGUCAUGUUCUUCUCCUCCGCGUGCGUUGAUCUUUCCCAGGACUCACGCUUCCUUUGCAUCAACAUUGACUUUGUGGCAUCCGCAGAGCACUGA